GAUGUCAUCGCAAAGCGCCUAGUGCCCAGCGGUAAGGAUAGCGCUUGGACGCCAUUUAGUCUAGUUUUCGGUAUUUUUUUAGUGGACAUUGGGACGAUAUGGCUGUGGAAUCCAGGGUUACGCAAGAAGAAAUCAAGAAAGAACCAGAGAAGCCGGUUGAUAGAGAAAAGACAUGCCCGCUGCUGCUCAGAGUUUUCACGACUAAUAAUGGGAGACAUCAUCGAAUGGACGAGUUUGCCCGAGGAAAUGUGCCAUCGAGCGAGCUUCAGAUUUACACAUGGAUGGACGCUACCCUUAAAGAACUUACCAGCCUGGUGAAAGAGGUUUAUCCUGAGGCUCGAAAGAAAGGCACACAUUUUGCUUUUGCCAUCGUGUACCCGGACCCAAAACGGCAGGUUUACAGGGUUAAGGAGAUUGGGAACACCGUGUCGGGUCGAAAGGGGGCAGAUGACUCCAUGACUUUGCAAUCUCAGCGCUUUCAGAUCGGGGAUUACCUGGACAUAGCCAUCACGCCUCCGAACCGUGCUCCUCCAUUACAAGGGCGUAUGAGACCGUACUGAACUUCUGCAGACAAUUCAGCUUAUAACUUUUUUUGUUGCAUAUUUUCUUUGACAUUUUAAGCUUCCUAUUUGUUGGAAUCUGAUUUAUUCUGAAUUUUUAAAAUGUUCCUUCAUUUAACACAGUGUACAUUGUUUUGCUGAA